UAGCUAGGGAUAUAUUAACCUGUUUUGGGCAACUGACCUCAUUCCCUAAUACAGACAACUACAAACACAAGGACCAAGGACCGGAGCUACAAUGACCCACUCCGUUUGGAUUCCUCUGCUUGUUUUGUGCACAGCCUUCAAUGGCUCUGUACCCAGACAUGUUCAUCAAGAUCAUGUUUCCAUCAAAAAGAAUGGACACAAAUCUGUGGAAGACAUCCUUAAAGAUUUUCCAAUUACUCUACCGGAGGGAAUUGACCCCAAGAACAUUAAUGCUACUUUUAUUACUCUGAAUACCUGCAUUGGUCUGAAGGAAGAGUUGGCGUCAGUUAACAAGCAACUUCAAGAGAAGACUCUGCGCAACUCCCAGCUAGACGAGGAGGCGUUUGCUCUGAGGCGAGACGUCAGACUGCUGAAGGUGCAGCUGUCCACAUGCAGCUCCACCGCCUCGGCCAUCACAGACUCCUAUCAGAUACAACUGCAGAACCAGAUGAAGGAGCUGCUGGAGUUAUUUGACAGUGAUUCUUUUCUGAUUCUGCAAAUCCUUUCACUGAACAGAGAGGUGGCAGUAUUAGAGGACAAACUCAGACAUGGAACCAACUACAGCCAAAGUGAAAAGACACAGCUGGAGGAUGAGCUGACGGGAAGGGUUAAAGACCUGAACGAGAAGGUGCUGCUGUUCAAGGAAAGACACGGCAACUCAGAACAGAUUCUUCAGAUCAUCUCAACACAGAACGCCAUCUGGAAGUUAGAGCAGGAGGAAUCGAGAGCAGGAGAAGCUGGCCUUCAGCAGAGCAGGAACAUGACUGUUCUACAGAUGAGGCUGAGCGGACUGAUUUUUGAGCUGCAAGGACGAGACAACAGCAGCUCAGCACUGCUGGAUCUGAUUUCUGUGCACAGUAAGAUCUCGAUGAUACAGAAGCUCAUCAACGUCCACAUUAAAAAAUCCAAGAGGAUCAACGACGACUACCAGAGGCAGCUGAGGCAGAUGUCUGAACUCCUUACAAGCAAGAUCAGACUUUUGAAUCGUGACGAGCGAAAUACAGAACUGACCAAUGAAAUUCUAGCUCUGCAGAGACAAUUGAUGGAUCUGAGAGAGCUGUCAAACGCUGCGAGGACUGAAACGGAAAUCAAAGCGCUGAGAGUUUCUCUGGAGGUGGAGAAGAAAAGGCUGGAACACAUACAGAAGAAACUGGAGGAAGAAGAUUACACACAGACACAAAUGCUGAUUAAGAUCAUCAACAUGAUGAAAGAGCUGCGAGAGCUGCAGGCGCUGCAGAAGGAUGGCACACGGAAGAAAUCAACAAGCCAGAGCAGCACCCUUCAGACUUUACUCGAGACCAAAGAAAGAGAUUUCUUCAAGGCCCAGGAAAGGAUAAAAGAGCUGGAGAGGGAGUUGCAGCAGAAGAGUAAAGAGUCUGCUGGAUUAGAGGAGAAAUACACACAGGCGAAGAGUGAAUUUGAACAGAGGAUCGCGGAACUUCACACGAACGGAGAUGCUAAAGAAGCACUUGCUCUGAGUGUGAUAAAUCUCAACAAUGAGCUGAGGAAUCUGAGAGAACUGAUGUCUACGGCAGACACUCCUCAGAAGAAAGAAGAGUUGCAGAUGAAGCUGAAGGGGAAGGAAGAGGAGCUGAGAUCUCUGACUGCAGAACUGAAAAAAUACCUCUCUAAUCCUGAUUUGAUUUUAACUAUCAUUCAGCUCCAGAAUGAGAUCGCUGACCUCCAAAAAAACAGUGAUGGGGACGCAGGUCAGCGACUUAAAGAGAUGCUUAGCAGAGUGGAUGGACUUCUCGGUGAAAUAGAGAACGAAGAAAAGCUUAAACACAUUCUGAAAAUCAUGCUACUGCAGAAUCAGGUGGAACACCUGCAGAGGCAGCUGUCGCUCCAGCACAACAUCACAGCCGCACAGUUGACAGAGUUAGAAAAGGAGCUCAGUUCCAAGCAGGCGCAGCUGCAGACAACUGUCACUGAGCUGAAAGAGACCGAUGAAACAAACGCCAGACUUAUUAUGGAGCUCAGUGACCUCAAUAACAAAAUGAGGAAACUGCAGGAGGAAAAGCAAAGCCAGGGAGAAACAGGUCUUGUGACAAUUAACAAGCUGAGGCAAGAACUGCAGGCUCGUGAGGAGCAGCAUCGUCGAGAUCAGGACGAGAUCGUCGCUCUACAGAAGAGGCUGGAACAGACAGAGACUGAGUGUGCCAACCACCAACAAAAAAUUAAAGAUCUGGAGAAGGACCUUGAUUUGAAAAUGGGAGAGCUAAUCUCUGGAACUGACCAUAUCACUGCUCUGAUUGUUCAACUUUCUACACUAAACCUGCAGCAGGGGGAGUUACAGACACAGCUGCAAACCACCGAGUCCAAGUCAAAGAUUACAGAGCUGAAGAAACGACUAGAAGAAAAUGUUAAGGAGAUAAAGAGAAUAACAGAUGAACUGAAGGCAAAAAGUCCCCAACCACAAAAAUUUUUACAGAUACUUGCAAUCCAGACAAUGAUUAACACGAUUUCAAACACAGCAGUGAAUGAAAGCGAUUACAACAGGAUAAUAGCUCUUCAGGAUCAUCUCAACAUGUUGAUCGAAGAAAUGGAAGGUGAAAACUCUGAUGUUACCAAACAGACUCUGAAGAUAUUCACUGCACAGCAAGAAGUAGCAAGACUGCAGAAGCAAAAAGAGAGAGAGGCCAAGGCUCUGUUAGAGAAAAUAAAAGGCCUGGAGAAUGAACUAGAAGAAACCAGAAACCAGAUAAGGGAGAAGACUCUAAUUCUGGAGUCCAGUGACAGCAGGAUUACUAAUCUGUCGAUGGAAAUUAUGGAACUUCAUCAGAAGAUCAAACCUUUGGAGGAUGACAUAUCAAUUUUGAAAGAGACACACGAGGAGAACCUCAGAGAGGUUCAGAAGAGGCUGGAUCUGACACAAGCACAACUGGAAGACAGCGAAAAUCAACUGAAGAAGGCAGACGCCAAGACUUUUAACCUUUUAAUGGAAGUCUCUGAUCUGAGAACACAACUGAAGAAGACUCAGAGGGAGGCGUCCAGAGCAGCAGGCAAAAACAUCAAAGAAUUGGAGCAAAAGCUUGAAACACAAGAACGAGAGAACAAAAAAAUGGAAAUCGCCAACAAAGAGCUGAUCCUGGAAGUCAGAGAACUGAAAAAGUGCUGCAGUGAUAACAGCGCCCACUGUGGAGAUUUACAAAGACAACUUCAGCAGAGUCAUAAUGACGCAGAGCUCAUGGAAAAGCAGCUCCAGGACCAGGCCUCCAAGCUGAGGGAGGUGGAGCAGGAGUUGGAGAAGGAGAAGAAGAAUGCUACCAAAAACUUUGAGCAAAACCUCCACGAAUUAGAACAUCAAAUACAACAGCAUGUGACGUUUGCUGAAACUCUGCAGCAGCAGCUGCAGCAGAGGGACAGUUUACUUUCACAGAUGGGCGAGAGGAUGGACAAAUGUACCAAUGAACAAAAAACACUGGACAAGAAUUACAGUGAACUCCAAGCUGAGAAAAAACGAUUGGAAAAACUGGUGGAAGAUCUUCAAACCAAGCUUAGUGUAGUGGACAGUCAAACUGUUCAUGCAAGACAAAUUCGAUUUGAUCCAAACACUGCACAUCCGAGAGUCACCCUGUCUCGGGACUUCACAGAGAUAAAUACUGUUGACCAACCACAGAACGUCCCUGACCACCCAGACCGCUUUGAUGUGAUUCUGGCUGUCUUGGGUAAAACUGACUUUUCAUCUGGGAGAAACUACUGGGAGGUUUCUAUAAGUGACAAAAAUUGUUUCCACUUUGGAAUGGCCAGCGCAUCUGCUCCGAGAAGGGGAACAUCUGUGUUCAGUCCAUCAAAAGGAUUCUGGACUAUAGUUCUGACCAAAAAUGGCCUGUACAGAGCCUUAGACGUCAUACCCGUCUCCCUAGACAUUCCGGUAAAACCUCUGAUCAUGGGAGUUAUGAUUGACUACAGUAAGGGGCAGGUCUCUUUUUACAAUGCUGGGGCCAGAAGUCACAUAUACACAUUUCAAGGCCAGCCGUUCACAGAGAAAAUGUUUCCUUUUAUUAACUUUUGCGUUGAACCCUCUCUGCAGCCUUCUCCGAUCAUUUCAGUUACACCUGGAUCAGUUGAUUGGCUUAAGUCUGUGUGAUGAAUGCAUGGCAUCUUCUUCCUAUGAUGGGUUCUCUGAUCACUACUUCAACACUUUUAAAUAAAACCAACAAGCCAUAGAGACAACAAUUCAUGUUCUUUAAUUAUUGUGUACAAAAGGAGUAUUGGUCUGUUUGAAAAAAACAAAACAAUCAUAACAAAAACAUCUGGAGCAUGAUGUACAAAAGUAUAUAUGUAUGUUAAAAAACAAACGAACAAUAAAAGCUCAUCUUCUUGA